AUGAUAAACGCGGUGUGUGAGCAGCCAUUUGGCGCAUAUGCUGGAGUCUUUCAGCAUCCCGGCGCACAAGACAUAUUGGACAUUAACUCAUGUGGCGAUAAUUACAGCACGUUUCAACCAAACUUGCCUUUUACACAGAGGUCACUAGCCUCUCAUUCUCCUAGCCACAACUCGUGCUUGUGGGUGAACGGACAGUGCAUCAACGCGCCCCCAUGUCUGGCUGGGAAGCCCGGGGCUCCUUACACCCUGCCACCGUAUGGACUGAAUCAGCGACCGCUUAAUCCACCAUCUAGCUUUAUGGGUGCGGAUCUGGGAUGGUUGUCUUUCACAAACCAGCAGGAACUCCUGCGGAUGGUCAGACCGCCGUACUCCUACUCUGCUUUGAUCGCAAUGGCCAUUCAAAGCGCACCGGGAAAGAAAUUAACAUUAAGUCAAAUCUAUCAGUACGUUACUGACAAUUUUCCUUUCUACAAACUUAGCAAAGCUGGAUGGCAAAACUCGAUUCGUCACAACUUGUCUCUCAAUGACUGUUUCAAGAAAGUUGCGAGGGAUGACAAUGAUCCCGGGAAAGGAAACUACUGGACUAUUGACCCCAACUGCGAAAAAAUGUUCGACAAUGGUAACUUCAGGAGACAGCGAAAGAAGCGGAACCACACCAGCCCGUCCACUGCACCAGCUAGCAAAAAGCCUAACAGGAUUCCAGGGGACCUCGAGCUCCUAGAUGCCCCCAGUGUCGCAAAUUCACCACAUCAGGAAGUCGUCAGUUCCCCCGGCUCCACAGAGUCACUGUCAUCACCGCCCCCAACCGUUGAAGACACGCCUAUCUUUAAUUUCUCCGUUUACAACCUGGACUCUGAAGCGACUACAUCUUACGGAAUCGGUGACAAGCAGGGCUCACUCGAAACCACCACCCAGAAAAUUCAGGCGCACUCUGAAGAUGUUUACUGCACACCACUUACGCAUAACGCUCCAAUGCACUAUGAAUCCAUGGGUCGAUUCAGUUACUACGCUGGGCCCAAAAUUGUUAGCAGCACCCCUGCUGACACAAAAGUGUUGGAAACGGUCGACAAGUUUCCCAGUGUCUGA